AGUCUUUCUUGUGGAUAUUUUGAUGUUCUCUCCCUUUACUCUAAUUUCGUGCCAGGAUCAGCAUAUCGCAUUGUGCCUGUUCCUAUGGUUAGAUAUAUCCACGGUGAAGGACAUGGACGGUAUGGCGAAGACAGUAUUUAUCACUUUUUGGAGCUCCAGUUGCAAAGGAAGGCACGAAGAACUUCCUUCCAAACCUCGAACGUUCAAGAGAUUUUUAGCGGUGGGCUUUACAAUGUGAAUUCUGCUUAUAACUACACAGCGGACUAUUCAAUCCACGAAUCUGAGGAGAUGUAUUGGAGGAGUCUACCGCCUCCUUUCAUUUUUCACCCCAUGUUUUUCGCAAACUCUGAGUGGACUGAUUUGAAGUCUGAGCACGGAGUUCUCUACCCUCUUGAUUAUGCGGCAUCUCAGCUGGCUACAACAAAGUCCAGAGAACCUUAUGUCAUCAAGAUACCAAUCAGUUCUGCCUUCUGUGGUGCAAUUAUUGGGAAGAAGGGAAGCAAUGCAAAGCUCAUAUGUCAAAGAACAGGAUUGUGGAACCUUACGGUUCAAGAUCAAAUAUUUUCUGGCGACUUCAAGUACCUGGCCAUGGGCGGUUCUGUGGAUGCGCUUUGUUUAGCAGUUGAGUUUGUGCGCCAUCUGAUCAUCCGCGAAUGUUUAUCUGGAAGGCCGUUGGACGAGAGGUAUCGACAUGAAAAGUACAAAACAAAGCUCUGUACAAAAUAUUUAUCGGGGUUCUGUCCAUACAGCAACUUCUGUCAAUUUGCUCAUGGAACAGAAGAAGUACGUAUUCAGCGUACCAAGAGCCAUCACUGAUGGCUUCACUGAUGACCCAUCAGUGAAGCCUCAGCUUUUAGGAAUGGAUGUAGGUCGGUUAUGAUCGAUCAUGAUCGAUCAUGUGCUUUGUCCAUCACUUCGCCCAUUUUAAAUCAUCAGCUUUAUAGCUAUAGAUACGAUAUAAUAAUUGGGACCGUUCGUAUUAAAUCUGAGAUACUAAUCUGCAUCACUUUUCUUUUCUUUAUAGCACUGAUAAUUAUGACCAGAAUU